UUAACCACUGUUUCCUGUAUCAACCUGCGCUACAGUGCAUUCACUGAACAGCACAUAUACUUUACUAUCUUUUAAUAUUAAUAUCGAGUCUGACUAUUGUUAAAAUUUGGAGUGAUAUUUAUCAAUAUUUGAAUUGAUGAGUGCUAAUAUUCAUAUUUGCACACUGAUCUUGGAGUAAAAAUGCACACAGGUGUCUGUUCCCUGAGUUAGGACGAUGUUGGGAUGGAAACACAAAACAGUCACAUCCAAGUUUUAAUCGUUUCGUCCGUGUCUUGAAUUCUUGGGGGUUUCCUCAGUUAAACAUUAUCUGUGUAACAUCUAGUUUUGCUUUCACUUGUAGAAACUAGAAGCACCUGAUAGUGAAACAGUUGAUCAGACACAGAAAGUAACAGGACUCGAACAGUUGCCUCUGGUUCUCUUGUUGAGCAUCAGACUUUUAGAUUUUCUCAACAAAACUCCAAGUGACUCUCUAAAGCAGGUAAGAUCUGCUGACCUCUCAGAGCCAUCUCACCAUGGAUGUUGCUGACAUGCUCAUAGAUAAAAUCUUCUCCUGGGUGCAUCUGCAGAAGAAAGGUGCAAAGAAACUGAGGAAACUGGCCACUGAGCUGGAGAAGGACAAGAAGAAUGUUAAUAUCAGUAAGGUUGUUGGGAGUUCGGUGUCUGUGGGUGGUGCAGUAGCGAUGACAGCAGCAGGUGCAUUAGCCUUCUUUACAGGAGGGGCAGCGAUACCAGUUCUGGCUGUCGCAGGAUCAGUGGCAACAGGGCUUGGUUUGGCUACCAAUGUGAGUUCUGAGGUUGUUGGUGCUGUCAUGUCAAGUUGCACCAUGAAGGAGGCCAAAGAGAUUUCAGAGAAGAUCCAGAAUCUUGAAGAAGGAAUCCAGAAACUCAUGAACACACUGAAGGAGGAAGGAGAGAAGAGAGAACAAGAGGCUGGAAAUCAUCUUUCUUCUGAAGAUUAUGUUGUGGAGCGAAUCCUGAGAGCAAUGGCCAAACGCAGUGGACUGAAAUUACAUGAUGACAUCAGUUUGUGGAUGAUAAUGUCUAGCUUGUCCAAAUAUACGAUCUCUGGGGAGGACAUAGCUUUAGGUGUUCUGAAGUGCUCAGCACUACUGAGUUGUGCCCUGCUUUCACAGUUUGUUCUAAAAGCAGUAGCCAAAAAAACAGGGAAAUUUCUGAUUUCCAAAGGAGUAUCCAUCGGAGGAAAAUCAGUAGUGAAGGCAGCUGGACGUAUUGUAGGAGGAUCCGUUGGACUUUUGUUUUCAGUUCCUGAGCUGAUUACCAACUGUGUAAACCUGGACAACUGUGAGACAGAGGCCAGUCAGGUACUGAGAGAGAUCGCUGAAACAAUACGGACUGCCUCUGAAGAGCUGGAAAAAGAACUUGAUGAAAUUAAACAGGUGUUUCAGAGGUUAGCCAAGGUUAAAUGCUGCAUUGAAAACACCAAAAGGAGCUCAGAUGAAAGGAAAAUAUUAAUCGAGUUUGCAAUGGAAAACUGCCAGGAUGAAACCAUUCGACAAUGGCUGAGAGAGAAUUCAGAGUCCAAGGCUUUCUUCCGUCUCGUUGACAUGUUUCAUUUGCUGAAAGAAGGCAUCGAUAAGGAAGAAAAGAAGAACCACAGCAAUGAGGUUGACAUCACCUUUCUGGCUCAUGGAGCCAUCACAGGCCCCAUGAUCCGAGCCAGCUGUCUGCUGCCUCUGCCCACCAUCACAGACGUGGAACUGCAUUCUCCCUGGAACUGUGUCAUCACUGCUGAUGCAGGAUAUGGUAUAGCUACAGGAAAAAUGAAGCCUCAGGACAGAGUUUUUUACCGGAGGAAGAAAGACGCUCAAAGUCCUGAUGAAAGCCAUGGUCCCAUGAAACCACCAAACCACUGGAACUCAAUGAAGAAAUCUGUUGAAAAAAAUCAAGAGAUUCCAAACAUCAUACUUAGUCCUUUCAAACCACCAAAGGAUGGUUACUGGAAAGAAUUUGAGUAUCUCAUUAAUAACCUUGGCCCACCAGGGAGAAACCGCAUCGCCAUCCCAUACAUCCUCCCAGAAAAGAGGAUUUCAGAUUCUUCAGAAAGAGUCCCGUUCUACGUCGUCACUUUGGCCCUGUCUCUGGCGCUGUUCUUCUCCAGGUUUACAGCCAAACUCCAUCUCGCCGCCUGUCUGGGUGAUAGAUCUGCUGGACAGAAACUUGACAAGGAGUAUCUGGCGAAGCAGUAUGCCUGCAGCAUCGAAGAGGCUGGAAUGUGUUUACCUGACAUUAAGAUGUUAAAGUGGUUUGCGUCAGAGUACUAUUAGAUUUGGUCAGACAUCUCCCACGUGUUUGUGGCCAUUUUAGUGUCAACACUCCUCAGAACCAAGUAAGCACCUGUAAAUUCAGAGAGAGACCUUUUUUAAGAUUGUUUUUGAUUUUUCCUCGUAUCUAGUUUUGUGCCUCAGACUUCAGUUCCAGUUUAGUUUUAAUUUAUAGGCUGGAUUUUUGUGUAAAAAAAACUAUGAACUACAUGGGUCUAACGUCACACUGUUUGACACGUAUUCAAAGUUUCUUGUGCUAGUUGCAUGUACAGUGACUGAAGAUAGAAAGAAGCUGCGUCUGAAAGUUGUAAAGAUUUUUUUCAUACUAGGUACUUCUUAUUUCUUAUAUCAGUGGUGACAUCAAGCCUGGCAUCAUUCGCAGACAGACUAAAAGUUAUGACCUAAACUCCCAUCUGGUCCAGUUUUCCUACCAUCCAGUGAUAAGAAGCAGAUACAGAGGAACCUUUCUUUCUAACUCCAGAUCAGCCACUGGGACGUCAAGGAGAAUACGAAUCAGUUCAAAGGACAAAUGGCCAGUUAGAGAUCAACUCUGAUGGACUUAAGGCCAGCUUAGGAAUAAAUGAUCAAACUUUCAUUCCAUACAACAAGACUUUAUCUCUACAUAUCUCUACUAAUCAGUUAAUCACCUUUAUUUUGAUUAAGAGAGUGUUGUGCUGACACAUGAUCCAUGUUUGUAUUCAUUCAUUAUUUGCUCAUGUUUGUUCCACAUCUCAUCUUGCAUAAUGUCUUAAUUGAUUAUGGUGGAAGGUGAAUAAAUGAUUUGUGUGUGGGAAGAGAGAUCUCCUUUGUUUUUGUACUCAUGUCUUUUUGUGCCAACUAACAAAUUCAGCCAGAGGAGCAAAAGUGUCUGAUUGUACUUUUAUCAUCUCUUUUGAACAAUCCUGUCUUUUCACCUUGAAGAUUUUUGUGUUAUUUAGUUAAAGUUGAGCAGAGUAAUUAGUGCACUUCAACUGUGAUCAUUCUGAUCACUCUGAUCAUUUCACCAGCUGUUAGUUAACCAUGCUAGUUUGAUCAUCUUUAUUUUUAUCAUUUAUUCCAUGUUAGUAGAAGGUAGUUAAUAAAACCACAUAGAUUUAGUCUGCAAAAGAGAGCUGGAUCCCUCAAAUCAGAAGUUCAGAUAUUAGAGUGAUUGCUACAUACAUGUUUGUUCUUAUUUCUCUAAAAACAGCUGUUUGUUAUGUGUUACUUUAAUAUGCAACCACUCAGGAAUUCUAUCUGAAAAUCAUUUCAACUGAACUAAACUCACGUUUUCAUAUUAAGUUUGAAAAUCUGUGCUGUGUUAAUUAUUAAUGUUGAUAAGAAACCGUAUCGAUUUUUUAUUCAUAUUAAUGUUCGUGCCAGUUGAAAUAAAGUAUAACUGAU